AAGUUGAUUGUAAUAUAAAGGUGUUGAUUUGAAAUUUAAAUAUAGAUCUUGUUAAAUAAUCCUAAUCAGUGACGGCCGUUAUUCGACGCCGAAGUAAAAUCCCAUGGCGCACUCUGCGAUCCGUGCUGCACAGGAACUGGAAAUAGGUUGUGCGACUUUACCACAGCAACAGCAUGCAUACAACGUUCUGAGCGCUAUUUUGCCCAGAAAUCAAGGGUUCCAUUUGGACUAUGUAAUUGGUGGUAGAAAUAAGAAAAUUAGUCGAGGACAGUGCACUUGGACAGGAUACGUUUCGUCCACUACGAUGCCAGUAACCACAAAAACGGAAUUUAAGGCAGUGAAGGAUAUAGUAACCAUCGGAAGGCCAAUUAAUGGCAAACUUAUAUCUACUGGACGGUAUUUAAAUAUUGGCAUAAGUAUUACGUUUGCAAACGCCCAUUGCCAGUGCGUACUGGAUUUUGAAAUCGGCGUGACACAGCACUUAAACAAAAAAGUGCCAAGAAUUCCGGAUAACUUUGAAUUGGCAUUGAAACCGUACCGCCCCACUCACAAAGAUGACACUUUCAUCGUUCGAGGAGGUAUGCGAUCUGUUGAACUCAAAGUCGUUGGCACCGAUCCAGUUCCAUACUGUGAUCCUGCGCUUGAGGCCGUCAUUCACUGCGAUGGCGAUCCGAUCAAACGAGUGAUUCGAGAGCUGGCGAGGUUUCCAUAAGAGCUUAGUACCGAAUCUAAUGAGAGUUACACCAGCCACAAUGAUCACAAUGGUUGCGUACGAACAUGUUUCCCAUUACUUGUUAACGAAAUGAGCGAAUUUCCGUAGCCGAACUUAGAAUUUGGUUCCUAUUCAGCUGAAAAGGUUUUAGUUAGAUUUCCAUAGAAAAGAAGAAUUAGCAAAAAUUGAAUAAAUUAAAUUUUGGAAAU